GAGAGAUGCUGAUGUGUGUGAAGGACUCGUGAGUUCCACAGAUGAGACUGAUGAAACAUCACAAUGACACGCGUCUCUCAGCUCCUGAAAGUCGACAAGAACAUUCCUGGGUCAUGACCACUGACUGCUAGAAAAAGACUAGUGAACUUUACGACACCAGAAACCCAUCAGAAAUCAACAGCGCUCAAUUGGCUUCUCUUGAAUUCUCUGCCAUGGAGGACGCAAACAUCACUCACUUGGCAGCCGUCUUCGUGAACCCUCAUAGUCAGGUGCCCGUUCUGGACGUUCACGACACUUACACUGACUUCUACGACAUGGACUAUGGUGUUCCUUUAGAGGAGAUGCCGGACACCACGCAGGGACUGGCCUACUUCGUGGCCACCAUCGUCAUCGGAGCCGUGCUCGUCUGCAUCAUUCUGGUGUGCGGCUUCGGCAACUUCCUCUUCAUAGCCACUCUGGCCCGAUAUAAGAAACUCAGGAACCUCACCAACCUGCUAAUCGCCAACCUGGCCAUCUCCGACUUCAUAGUGGCUGUGGUCUGCUGCCCUUUCUUGGUGGAUUAUUACGUGGUCAAGCAACUCUCCUGGGAUCAUGGCAAAGUGUUGUGUGCCUCCGUCAACUACCUCAGGACUGUCUCUCUCUAUGUGUCUACCAAUGCCUUACUGGCCAUCGCCGUUGACAGGUAUAUGGCCAUCGUUCAUCCCUUGAGGCCCAGAAUGAAGCACCAGACCGCAUACUGUCUCAUAACUGGGGUGUGGAUCAUCUCAGUGCUCAUUUCCAUUCCCUCUGCCUACUUCGCGUCCGCAACCAAAGUCCCCAAUGGAGCAAACCGCAGCAAGACCUUCUGCGCCCAGAUCUGGACGGUGGACCAGCAGCUGUAUUAUCGCUCAUAUUACCUGUUUAUCUUCGCCGUGGAGUUUGUGGGCCCAGUGCUUACCAUGGCCCUGUGCUAUCUGCGCAUCUCCAGAGAGCUCUGGUUCAAGAGUGUGCCAGGUUUCCAAACGGAGCAGAUCCGCAAACGCCUGCGCUGCCGGAGGAAGACUGUUAUG